GUGAAGAGAAGAGCUUCGUCCCACUCGAUCUCCGUGUUCCUGGUAAAUUCUGUGGCUUGGCUAUUUAUCGUUCCAAUAACUUUGCAUGCCACGCAAAUGUUAAUGCCAGAUUUUUUGCCAAUGCCAAGGUACAGAGAUGGAAAGAUCACGGCGACCAGUAAUAACACCUUCCCAGCGACACAAAUAGCUUUUGAUGUUAUAUUUUUCGCAGCCAGUCGCGGUUUCUCUCUGCCCAUUUUCUACGCGUUUCUUUACAUGAUGUUGUUCCUGUGUUGCGAAGUGGACAAAUUCAAAGACGAGCUUGGAGGUGGUCUCUAUCCAACCGAAGAUAAAGCCAGGAAAAAAGCCAUAAAAAUAAGAACGCUGAUCAAGGAGACAGAGAAGGCUUUCCGUUUUUUCCUCGUGUUGUACAUAACCAUGAUUUUAUUGGCUUCAGCACUAGAAAUUUUCUCCAUCGUGGAAAAAGCUGAAACCGUGAUAAUGGCAAACCACACCGUUUAUGAAUUACCUGCCAGCGCUGCAGCAGCCAGCGUGCAAACUUUAAAUAUUGGGUCAAAAAUUUCGAUGCCCUUUCCGCACAGGUAGGACUUUAAUUGUAAAUCUCAUUACAAUUCUGAUUAGUACAUACACACUCAGAGAUCUUGGUCAUUUAAGCAAUCUGAUUGGUUCGCUAUUUCGGACUAUUCCACAAUAUUCACCCCCUAUCGAAUAUUUAGCUACUAUUCACCUCGAUUUCAAAGAAUAAUUGUUAAAUAUUUACUUCCGUCUCAGUGGAUUCCAGUCCUCGCUUCUACUUUUAACAAGACGCCUAAAGUCGUUUCCGUGGGAUGCGUUGGUCUAUGGAAGCAUAAUGGCGUUCUAUCUAGGUUAAUUGAACAAAACAAAACAAAACAUCCGCUUGCUUUAUCCAGGGUCGAACCCAGGGUUAGAAAGUUCGAUAAAGUUCCAAUGUUUUAAUCCAAGAUGAAAGUUUAAUAUUCCAAGAUGCUCUUGAUACGGUUAAAAAUUAAUUGCAAUGUGUUUCCAAGGUCUCAAAGUUAACAUAGUUCCAAUGAUUAUCCCUGAUUCCAAGGUAUAAUAAGUUUACUCAUGUCCUGAUCCGUGUCCCAUCCAGAAGUCCAAUCCAUGCCGAAACCGAGUCGUUGAUCGACGAGGACAAUAUUUUCGCGAUUUCAACGCCAAUCGUCAAGGGUACGAGUUGAAAUUUACGCGAUUUAACCUCCCAUCGUCAAGGUGUUUUCGAUAAGAAAAGAAAAAAACUGAACUCUAGCUGUGCUCGGCAAAAACUGGCGAACUCUGAAUAGAAAAAUCUAUCGGAAAUCAUGGCCCGCAACCAGACGCUACUAAAACCUUAUGAAAAAGCUAGACCUAAACAAAAAAAAAUCAUGAAGGAGAGAAAUAAUUUGGCUAAGGUCGCCUUUCGUGUCUUGCCAGUAUCCCGAAGGAUUUCGCUGGUUAACAAGCCAUCCUAAACCACGAGUGGGAAAACUCAAGCGCGACAAAUUUGGCAAGGAACGUUCUGAUUUCAACGUUCUUCAGAGGAAACAAAUCGAUUAAAAAUCGAUACAGAUUUUGUACAAUCUGAUUGGUCGGCUUGGAAGAAGAGAUAAUCGAUAAAGAUUUUACGCAAUCCUAUUAGCUGGCUUUGCAAUUUUGGGUACAACCGAACCGGAUUUUUACCGUGCGAGUGCCACAGAGACGGAAAAACUUCCGCGACGGUCCGAAUCGCUGCACUAAAGUGUGGCACAAAACCUAUCCUAUCUGUGACGCUCUAUGGAAAUUCUAGAUCGCAGAGGUGCACCUUUGCUCCGAUACAGAAAUCGCGCUGAAAUCACCAUUUUCGCCGUGUGACGGGAUGAUUUUAGUGGCGGCACAAAAGCUUUUCAGUAUAGUGUGAACAAAGCCUAAUUUAUAGUUCUCAUAGCACUUUGUUUUGUUUAUAAUGUUUGUUUGCAAAAUCAUAAAAGUUUUCAAGAUCUUUCUAAUCUUAUGCAAUGUGCGUCAAAAUUCGGUCGAAUUCGGUAAAAGUUCCAUUCAAUAAUUAUCUGAUGUUAUUUAGUUCUAAACCUCGAAUACUGCAUUUCCAGCUUAUGCACUGGUACACACUGUACCUCAGCCAUCAUUUCUGCGUUUGAACCUAUAAUAUUAUUAAAUGGGCGACAGCCUGAAUCCUGUACAACUUAAGACGACCCUGAGUAAAAUCUAAAAAAAAUUGGGUUUAAAGCGAAGCUCGAGAAUUCAAUAACACAAUUAUUCUAUUCGCUCUUGUUGGAUACAGGAUCGGCCUGCUAGCCAACUCGGCUUGGGGUCCUCUGGAGAACAAGGAGUAAAGCUCAUUACAACUUAUUAAACCUGAUAACUCUUUGAAAACAAAAAGUACAACAGGAAAGCUAUCUUGAUGUUUCUUCAAUCUUAAAUCGGUUAAUUGCCAAUAGCAUGGCUAAUCGUGGCAAUGGGUGGUAUAAUUAGGCAGUGGGUGAUGACAGAUGGCUGUUGGCUGUGGACUGAGACACGAGCAAAGACAGAGCGAUAACAGCAGUAAAUGGAAGACCGUUCCACACAUGUAUACACCGGGCAAAAAAAGAAUGCAUGUAGGCAUCAACAGAGGCGGGUUAAAGGUUGCAUGUCGCACUAUGGGACUUCCUGGUACCAUCCCAUGUGUCCUGUCUUCGAAAUGAAGUUCUCAUGCAAGGAUUUAAACUAAUUAACAAAACAUUUAAGUGAGGAAUGCUUAGUUCCCCAGAAUUAAAGCUCAUAUUAGCACUAACAAGUUACCAUGUGAACUCCUAUUCACAGGUUGACGGGAAAUCGCGCAAUUCCGUAUUAUCUGGUUGUGAUUCCUCCCUCAAAUCACACCGUGGGAAUGUCUGGAGGUGAAGAUUACAUCCCGAAGAAUUUUAUUGAUCAGUACAAGAUCACGACGCAAGAGAUCGUGGUGACAGCUGUACUGGACAUAACAGAAAACGUGGUACUGUACGCCUUUCCACUCUACCAGAUGUCUGUUCUCAAAAGUUGUUUGAAAAGAGUACUGGAGAUGGUGGAAGACAGCGAUUAUGGAGCACAGGAAACCCACUUGGACGGAACUACAUCUGGCGAUAAUGCAGCACAGGGAAUCCACUCAGACGAUACUACCUCUGGCGAUUAUGAAGCACAAGGGACCCACUCAGAACAUACGGCUUCUUGGGAGGAAACGCCUAAAACGAUAUUUAGAACGAGACAAGAGAAGAAAGACUUCACGAAUUGGUUCCGCACUACGUGUAUUUCUGGUGUUAAAGUUCUUGGUAGAGAAGUUAGUUUUCUCUGGGCCUUGGUGUUGACCUUCUUUGGUCCCUUUGUUGUGGUGGUGGUGAAUUUGAUGUUUAAGCACAUUCACGUCGAAUCUCCUUGGCAUUAA